GAAAACUAGAGUUGACAAAUCGCCUAUAAAUAUCGUAACUUAAUAAAAAAGAACCCAAAAGAGACAAAAUUUUAUUUUGUUACCAUAAUUACAUAUUUCUUUCGAAUAAAUCAAAAUCUUUCUCUGCAACUCCUAAAAUCCUUAGAGAAAGAAAAAAAAGAAAAAAAAAAAAAGCGCUUGUUGUAGCAGUUGAAGCAGAAAAGAAAAAGAAAAAAAAAACAGAGUAACGAAUCCAACAUCACAAAACAAAACACAAACUAAAAAUGGCUCUGAACAGUGUCUCAUCUGAAGAAUUUAGCUUCCCAUCGCUAGCUUCUCAUGAUCCUUCUCACCAUUCUGGUCUCGAUUCACCUCCUUUGUGGAAACACUCGCCGGUUAACUCCUUCCGCCGGAAAGAUUACGACUUUGGUUUAGCGAGAUUACUCAUUGGAAAAGACGAUGAUCAUGAUCAGAGGAAGAGCUUCUCGUACGUGGAGAUGAGAAGUCGUUGGAUGGACGACAAAGAAGAGGAGAAAAUGGAUAUGUUAUGGGAAGAUCUCAACGAAGAAUUGCCUCCAAGAAGCCAGAGUUUAAGGAUUGAACCUGGCGGUGACGGUGGAGAGAAG